AUGGAUCUGCUCCCUUCUAUGCCAUUUGAAAUGAAGACAUCGAGACGCUUUGCCCUGACUUGCCCCCCAUUCAACGCAGGCAUGUCAAUACUAUGGACACGGAAAGAGCUGAAGAGCAGGAGACUGAAGAGGCUAUGGUUGAAAGAGGAUGGAGCAGAGGGGAAUGCAACUGAUGAGAUGGUGACAGAUGUCGUGGAUCAGGUAGGUGGCUGA